UGCUACCCGCUCCCCACCUGUCACUGGAUGUCAAGGAUGCUGCCAGCUUCACAACAACAGGUUCCUAGCAACCAGUGACAAGAUGUUAAUAUAGGUUUAGGGGCGGACUGACAACUCAUGGGGCCCCCGGGCAAUAGGGGAUCAUGGGGCCCCUGUGUCCUUGCCCAAACUCCAAAAAAGCCUAUGAAAAAGGUACCAGGGGCAUCUCAUGGGGCCCCCUACUGACCCCGGGCCCUCGGGCAGUGCCAGAGUUUCCAAAUGGUCAGUCCACCCCU